GAGGAGAUCGACGUGGUCGGCGAGGGGCGCGGCCGGAGCCCCGCGCCCGCCGCCACCGCGCCGGGCCCUUCGCCGCGCGACCCAGAGCCGACGCUUCUCUACAACGGAAAUCAAUCGAGUAAGCGUCCCGAUCGCAUAUGAAACUGCGUCAACAAGUACUCUGUGCUCCCUCGCCCUCCGGUUGAGAUGAUGGGGAGUGUGGGAGGGACGGAGGGGCACGUGGGGUGUCGAGGGGUCGAGAUUCAACUGGUGCAAUGCGGCGUACCCCUUCGCUCAUCCCACUGUCCCGGUUACACCGAGGAGCAGCCUUCCACGCAGUUCACCGCACAGCUUCCGACCGAGGUGAGCUCGGCUCCCCCCGGCCCAUCUCAGCCGGCGCCUCAGCCUGUCUCCUAUGCUCUUCUACAUCUCUCAACCUCUGACUCAUCAGAAACGCCCUUCCUCCAAGUGCAUCUCCAAUCUUCACCUGUCUCCCCUCCUCCGCCACCGGCGAGCGGCAAAUCCACCUCGAUGUGUUACACGAGCAACGGCACUCUACUGUCACUACCGCCUAAGAAGAAGGACAUUUAUCGUCCGUAUUGCUUAGGGGAUCGUGCAUAUCUACAGCGCCCGGAGGAAGAUCUCAAUGCAGCCCACGCGAUCCUAGACUUGAGCCAGCACGCGGUAUUUCUGACCACGCCGCCUCGCGCGGAGCCCUCACCCCCCGAACCGCCGCCUCCGCCUCCUGAACCCGAACCUACCCAAGAACAACCUACCGAACGCCCCAGGGAAACGGUCGCGUACACCUACGACGCAUUCUUUGUCAGCGACGGUCGGUCCAAACGGCGCAAUUAUGCAAAUGCACCUGUUGAAAGUGCCCAACAACCGACCGAAACCAAGUCAAAGUAUACAUGCAGCGAAUGUGGGAAGCGCUACGCUACAUCUUCUAAUUUGUCACGACAUAAACAAACUCAUCGCAGCCUCGAUUCAGUCGCCGCGAAGCGCUGCGGAGAGUGUGGUAAAGCAUAUGUGUCUAUGCCUGCUUUAGCUAUGCACGUGCUGACUCAUCAACUGUCGCACGUCUGCGGCGUCUGCGGCAAGCUAUUUUCCCGGCCGUGGUUACUGCAAGGCCACCUUCGUUCUCACACCGGCGAGAAGCCUUAUGGUUGUGCGCACUGCGGGAAAGCAUUCGCCGAUCGCUCUAAUUUACGCGCUCACAUGCAAACGCAUUCUUCUGAUAAAAACUACGAAUGUUCGCGCUGUCACAAAACUUUUGCAUUAAAAAGCUACCUCAAUAAACACCAAGAAUCGGCUUGUGUUCGAGAGGAUGAUUCAUCGUCGCCUGAUGCCUCCGCCUCUGCGUCUGAAUAGGGACCGUUACAAUCGCCAUUUUGGUUUACUCGAUAACGUAAAGUAUUAAUAUGAAUUUAGUUCAUUAAAGUAAAGUAAAAUUAUAAAAUUAUUAUUAUAUUAUAUAAGAGGCCUCGCGGCCGAUUAGACGCGUAAGCGUCUGUUGGUCCGCAGUGCCGCAAUCGAGCAACGUUUCGCAAACAACGAAUCACGUACGACCCCGUAGUGCCGCAAACGCGGCGAUAGGCCGUAGCGACAGACGUCCUGUUAAAGAUUAACAUUAACGGUGUAUUGUACAUAUUAACGUCGAUAAAUAUACCCUUAUAUACAUAGAAGUAACGAAAUACGAAUGAAAUUAAUAUCUUUUGUAGGUGAUUUUUACAACCGCAACGUAGGUUAGAGUAUCACGGUGUAAGUUUAGUAUGGGGAUGCGAGAGCUGAGCGCGAAGUACGUCUGUGGACGGAGUGGGAGCGCCCGGGCGCGCCGCGUCGUCCGUCGGCGAGGAACUUGCCGAAACUUUCCGUCCGAAGCUCUGCAACGUCGCCGCGCCCGCCGCGUCGGCCGCCCGCCACAGUGCCUUAGCGGCGACCACGUGCCGCCCCGUCCCGCCCGUCCCUCCUUUCCCUGCCACUCCGGUCUCCGAACCUUUCCCCCGUCUUGGCCUUUAAGCAUCCGCAACGCCACCGCGCCUCAUUUUUCACGUGCUUAGCGACAAAAUCCGAGUUUUAAAUAUUUUUUAUUGUAUUGAAAUGUAUUUAUGAAAAGGUUAUUUAGCAUUCCUAAAUUAUUGGUCUUUAUGAUAUAAUUGUUACAUAUAAAUAUUUCUUUAAUAAAUGCUAUGCGAAGCGAAUGAAAUAAUCUCGAGUACAAAUUCAAGGCUUAUUUACAAUAAAUAAAAAGGGAGCGCUAUUUGAUUUGAAAUGAUGGGAAUUUAUAUUUUGGACGAGUGGCGGGCGCAUAACGCGACGUCGAUAGGGGACGGGCAGCGUCGCAUUACGCAGCGAGCAUGCCUUCAGAUUGAGAGUGUGUUAUUAGGAAAAGUAAAGUGUAACAGGCAAUAACAUAAUGUAGAAUAAGGUAGCAUUAAAGUAGGUUUAAGAGACGAGCACGAGGUGCUCGGUAAGAAAUGGGUAUUCGAAAAGCAAUAAUAAUGUAGGCACUAAAUAAGUCGCGCACCGCAGUCGGUAGACGCAGCAGACUUUCCUAUUCUAUUCUAUUCCCGUAGCGAUCCGUAGCUCUCGUAGACGGUGUGUAGCGCCGGCCUCUUGGUAUAUCUUAUGUACGUUCCUGCGUUUUCAAGUGACCAAUUUGCAAAAAAAGACUAUUAGUAGUAUGCACAUAGAUAAAUCGAAGUAGGUUAGGUCGUAAUAAGGGUUAUCCAUGGGGCCGUCGACUUACUUCCUGUCGUAUAAUAGUGUAUAGGUAGUGCCUCGCGUGUCAAUUUGUUCUUAAUGAAUUUCUUUAACCCUGUCAAUUAAGAGAUCUUCUCUGUAAAAGAAUCUACUUGUGUCCUUCUUGUGAAACAAAAUCAGUCAAUUCCUUGUUUCGUUGAAAUUUAUUUGGAACAAAAUUACUAUGUUGAUGAGACUUAAGUGGUCAUUUUAUAAAUAAAAAUUAAAUAACCAGGUUUUCCCUACUCUUGUUGUAAAAUCAAAAUUAUUACAAAGUGUUGAUUUAUUUAUUAUGGUUAUUAAUUUCCAUUACAUCACUGCUAGUGUUAUGUUUUAGUUAACGUAGAUGUAGUGUCUUUAUAAAGGAUUUUUUUUUUGGUAAUUCUUAAUUAUUGUAAAACAUGAUUACAUCUUUUCAGUCAAACUUAGAUUAUUAGGCUAAAAAAUAACAAAGGUUGCGCGUAAUAAGCAAUAUAAUGUAAAUCGAUAAGCAAUACUAGGGUAGCAUUUAACGUAGUCAUAUAUUAUAUUGUUUAAUAAUAUAUUUAGUAGUUUUCUAGUCGGUUUUGGUGCUUUGGAGUACAGUAUUGAACGAAUCUGACAUCGAAUUUUAACGUAAAAAUGAUUCAAUUGUGAUAUUUUGUUUCAAAAUUAAUAUUACAAUGUGUUAAAGUAGUGCAUAAGUUUCAAUUUAUUAUCAGUUUUCUUUAAUACCUAUUAAAUCUCUAAUGCUACCUAUUAUGAAGAGACUAUGUACUCCUAUGCAUUUUCCUUAUAUCGUAAUAUGAUAGAUAUAGUAAUUAUAUCGUUUUGUAGAAUAGAGCAAGCAUAUGGCUUUCAAAAAAAAAAAAAAGAAAAAACAAAAUCGAGAAAAUAUUUUGUUCAAAUAUUUAUACUAACGUUAUUGUAGUUGUAGCUAUUUUACGAAUAAGCAAUGGUUUAAAAUCUUACAUUAUGAAGGUAAUAUAAUAUAUACAAAAACAUAUACCAAUAUUUAAAUGUAAAUAUUUUCAUAUGUACCAAAUUACCUUCUUUACAAUUUUUGUAGUUGUAGGAGUCAAAUAUUUAGCAUAAGUUACAUAUUUAUGUAACAAUUAAAUUUUAGGUUUAUAUUAAUUAAGCCACUUUGAGCAUUUUGCUUAAAACGAUUUGCACUUUACAUUUUAAAUAUUGCGAUAACAAUAAAACGUUGAAAGGGAGGAAAGUCUCAUUCAAUUAACGUAGCAAUGGAAAAGCUUAUUUCGAAGAAAACAUCGUACAAUAACAUUAUUCUAUAAAAAAGGCAACAAUGGAGUAAUAUAUUAUUUAAAUGCAUUUAAUGGUUUCCAGCUAUCACUUGAAUAGACAAGACGUUGAGUCGGAGAAUUAACAGUUUUGAUAAAUUUUUAAACAACAUCGAAGUAUGUAAUUUGGAAUGAUCAAUUAGUUUGUAACACAGUACAAUAUAUUACGAAUAUUUUGAAUACGUAUUAUACUGAAUGUUUUUACGUAAGCUUUAUUUACAAAAUUUUAAGUAGAUAUUUUUAGAUCAAAAUCGGGAACCGACUAUAAUUGUGAAAAUAUUUGAUAUUUACGAAAUCUUAAUUCCACUAUGCGAUUGUUGUUAUUACUUUUAAACAAUAAUUUGCGCUAUUGUUCAAAGUACCUUAACUAAAGCUGACUUACGACACCGAGAAUCUGAAUAUAUGCAAGAGCAAAAAUAAUAUUUCUUUGGUAUACUUAUAUUUGAUGGUUGAUAUUGGUUAAUUGGCGCCGACUGAACAUUAAGUUUAAUAAAUUAGUGACUACCAUAAGCAACGAAUAAAACUAUAUAAAUUAACUGUGAACCGUGAUAAAUGUUAAAAACAGUGUUCUGAUAUUGUUCUCGUUUAUAAGAUGAAUAGUGAUACUACUUAUGUCCAAAAAAGCAAUAUGCAAGCAAUAAGAUCUAAAGUUAUGAGUUAAAAAAAAUGUAUAUUAAUAUUGGUAUGUAACAUUAAGCAAUAAUGUAACUAAACGAAAAGCAAUAUUAUCUAGUGGUAUUUUAGACUAGGAAAAGUGAUACAAACACAAAUACUUGUGCAUGUAAACUUGUUGCUAUAACUAGACUGCAACCAAGUGAUACACGUAGAUGUUUGUAUGUAAAUCGCAGAGCAAUACUUUUCACUUUAAAAUGGGUAGCAUUUAAAUAAUUAUAUACAAAUAUAUUACUUAAUGCGUAGUCUAGCUUUGUAGUUGAGAAAGAGAACACCAAUCAAUAUAAGUAUAGAUUUAAAUAUAUUUAUGUAACUUAUACAACGUGUUGCUAAUAUACGGCUCCUUUUUUUAAGAUCAUUAACGAUUUAUCGCCAAUUGCCAUCUCUGUGAAUUCAUGCAAAAAUAUGUUACGAGUGAACUUACAAUUUUGACGACUUACUUCUUUGAAUUUUAAAGUAUUAUAAAUAAGAAUGAUAAUAAAACUGGCCUAAAAUCGAAUAUAUUGCUCGAUGUAAGAAAUUUUAAUUCUAGAACGCUAAUUUCCUAAACAAUAAAACCUCGUGUAUGUUUUAAGCGUAGGUAUCACAGCGUUUAUUUGAAGGAACCGAAUACAAAAUCAGUCUUUAAUACCAUUAAUUAUCUUGGCUCCACAAAAAAAAGGGAUAAACCAAUUAAGAGUUAUAUACAAUUCUAUGUUUUUUUUCAAAGUGUGCCUAUGGAAACAGUAUAUAUAUUACAUAAAUUUGAGUAUAUAGUUUAUCUAAGCAAGGAAAUUACUGAUAAUCCAUAUUUCAUCAUUUUAAUUCAGAAAAAGAAUUUAGAUGCUUUAAUUAAAAGUGCCAUUGAUUAAUAAUUUAACAUCGAAAUAAAAGAAUAGAGUUUUUGGAGAACUUACAUUUUUAUCUAAUUCAAAAAAAACUGUUACUAAUAUUAUGUUAAAAAAGAAGCUAAUUAUGUAGGUAUACAUAUUAAUUAAUAAUCAUUCUAUUUCACUUUAUGAGCCAUGAUGCCAAAGUUUAUUCGUAAAUUAAUAACAUAAAACAUUGCAUACACUGAGUAUACCUACUCAAUACUCAUAUGUGAUUAGUAACAGAAUAUGUAAAAAAUAUAUUAUUAUGAAUCUAACAAAUAAUAAGCACACUUUGAAAAUAGAAAAAAAAUGAAAUUUUAAAUUACAUAUUAUUAUCUAUUAAAAUUAUUUGUACAAAUAAUAUUCACAGUUUCUUCAGAUAAACGCUUCUAUGACACGUUUCAUUUAAUGUAAUUGUAUUUUUGCAUAAUUCGAGUAAACUGCAUUCUUGAAUUAAUUAAUAGCUGUAUUUAAUUGAUCGAUAACCAAGACCUUAUAUACCUAUUCAGAAUUUGUAUUUUGUCUCCGAUUGAAAAGGGUUGACGUCAUAAUACUAGAACAACAACAAUAGCUAAAAGUUUUCACAAAUAAAGCGAAAGUGUACCCUACAUGCAUACCUGCAGUAUUAACAAUGACAUAGGUACAUACAGCACGAUAAAAGCUUUCGAACAACUGCCUGGCUUUAAAAAAGAAACUGAAUAAAAUGUUCUUGCUAUCUAACUAACAAAUUUUGCAAACGUUUGUUUUUAUAGCGUUGGAAUAGUAUGUCGAUUGUAAUUGCAUCGUUCAAUAGCUGAUGUGAAUGAUAGGUAAAUCAUGAACAAUUUAAUUUUUCAAAUUACCCUGUAUGUGCGGUAAAGGAAUAUUCCAUUUUGUACAGUAAUUAUUGAUAAGUAGCGAUAGGUAUUUAAUGUAUUGUGCAUGUUCUACAUAAAAAUUUAUUUAUAUUUUCGAGAAACACGUUAUAAACAGACGUGUGCCUAAGUUUAAGACAAAUUAUAAAUGAUAAUUAUUAUGAGAAUUAUGACAUAAUUCUUAGUUUUAAGGUCAUUCGAAAGCAAUAAUGCGACAACGACAGCGACGUAAUCGAAAAUUUACAACGAAUUCUUUUACUAUUUAGGUUUCAGAUCUCAUUAUUAUAAAUAUUUUUAUACAUUUAUUUGAUGUUUUAUUGCGUAUAUAUAGUACUGGGUUUAAUAUAAAAAGGUCUAAUAUAACUUUAAGUUUUAUUGUUUAGAUUUUAGGUAAGGUUUCAUACAAGGUGUUAUUUUAUGAAACAUGUGCUUUUAAAACUAAUAUUACUGUAAAAUUAUACUAUACUAGUCACAAUAGACUUUAGGCACAUUAGGUAUUUAGUAACUAUAUUUUAAUUACUUACAAUAUUUAUACCAUUAGAUGUAGAAUGUGAUGUCAUUAAAGUGAUGAAACGAGUAGUAGAUACGUGAAAGUGGUAGAGGUUUAGAUGAAAAACGUUGAAACGCAGAUAGAACGGGGAAGAUUACUUGAUAGUUGCCUUAGCACGUUUCGUAACGGGCGCUGUGAACAAAAUGUAAUGAUUACGUUUCGAGACGACUCUCGUUCGUGUAUUGUGAGUGUAAUGGUGUGGACGUAAUCUCGGCUUGUGAGAUGUGUCACUUUAUCACCACUAUCAUAUUUUUUCAACGAAUAAUUUCCGACAAUUACCUACAGUAAAAGUGAGAAGGUGAAUAGACCCAGAAAUGUUCAUUCCAUUACUUGUUAAUUUAAAAUCGUUCUAACAAAAACAUAGUCAUCAAUCGUUUUCGUUGAUGUUUAUUGAAAUGGCGCUGUUUUUGGUAGUUAAAGGUGUAUAUGAAAUGAACUAACUAAUGAACUUUCUCACGAGUCCUAAUAUAGUAUACUUGUACCUUAUCUAUAACUCAACUUCCAACUGAUCUGUACCCUAUUUUCCUACAAAAGUAUCCUAGAUAUUAGCCAAAUUAAAUCAAUUGUAAUCUUUUAGGCAUAGCUCGUCAAUUUUUUAAAUUCAAUUAAUCCUUCCUAUUAAGCAAUUACUACUUACCAACAGUACCUAAAAUUUAGUGAAUAACAUUGCAUGUAUUUAUCUACAUUAAAAAUAUUAUAGCUUAAUAUAUAUUGUGAAAUAUUAUUAGAGAAUAAAAAUCAUUGUAACGGUUACAUGAUUUAAGGGUAAUUUAGUACAUUUUUAGUUAAUUAAACAAAUUCAAGAAGAUGUAACCUACAGGCUACUACCGACUACUGGGCACAUCGCGGAGAUUUACUUAAUUUAUCAUCAUACCUACUUAUCAAGUAUCCAGAGCGUGCAAUAUAAUGUUUCUUGAUAUCUAAUCAGUCAAACAAUUAAACAUUUGUGUCACAGUGUUAAUAAUCCGAGUUUUUCUCGAAAUUGUAAAGUAGUCGUGUAGUAUCUUCAAUAUUUCGUUAUAAUUUCUAAGUGAUCAUUAAAUUAUUAUGUAAUUAUCAGUUCUCAAAGCUUAUUCGUUAAAAAGAUCUUACGCAUUUUACUCCACGUAAAAUAUAAUAUAAAUACAUAGGGUCCACUACGUUCUAGUUAGCUAACGUAGAUACCAUAGUUGUAAUCGAUUUAUUUAUUUUCAUUUUGCAAUUAUUUUGGCAACUCUCCUCCUAUUAUCGAAGAAUCAGAUCUUUAACGAAUAAACUUAAAAUUGCACAAAUAGAUAUACAAGAAUCCGUAUGUAAAAUAAUUUCGUGAUCUGGACUAACACUAAUCACAUGAGUUCAUUGAUUUGUAAUAGAAAUAUUCAGCAUACGGUGAAAAAUUGAAGUAUAUUAUUUCAAGAAACCAUAAGUGCUGGGCUUGCAAGUUGCAAUGUGUAUUUAUUAUUAUCUUUACCUGCAUUGUUUCUGUUUUAUGUUGCAUCAAAUAUUGUAUUUGCUGUAACGGUGGGUUUGAUUCGAUUUAUAUUGUUUUAUUCUUCUGUAAUUAAAAUUGUACUGUAAA